AUGGCCGCCGCUACAUCAGCAACAACAGCAGCAGCAGCAGCAGCAGAUGACCCGGUCGCAUCGCAGGCAAGCUCGCAUUUCCCGUUGGAGCCCAUAUCGGCGGCUGUGCUGUGCCGCAAGGAAACGAAGCGCCGGGAUGCGCUCAAGAAGAGGGGCCCUGUCAGGGUUGGGUGUCCGGAGAUUGAUGAGUAUGUUCUCAUGGGAGGACUCGAGCGGGGGAGCGUCGUCGGGCUGAGUGCUGAGAGCGAGCAGAUGGGCCUUCUGAUUUCCAUGCAGGCUCUGGCGAAUGAUCUGUGUAGCGGCGAUGCGAGGGCAAUGAUUGUCACGACGCAGCCGCCAGCUGCUGUUCUACCCAUGCUGAGGGAUGCUGUAAAGGCUGAGAUGGCUGCUCGCGAAGUUCCUGCGGCGGAGGUGAAGGACAAGCUGAGGGCUUGCCUGGAACGGGUGUCCGUCUCGAGAGUGUUUGAUUUGGAUGGCGUUUGGGAGGUCCUGGGUGAUUUGGACAUCCCCCCUGAGAGUCCAGGUUCUGAAGGAUCGCUAAUGUCGGAGAUCGAAGACGCUUUGGAGCCUCCAAUGCGGCUACCGAGUGAGCUUGAAGAAGAGCAAAACCUACAGCCGGAGCCUGAGAGAAUCGUGCUACCGGAUCUCAAACCUAACCCUGUGCCCAGGGCAGAGAGGACGGAGAUUGCGGAUAGCGACAACGAGGAUGCGUUUUCACUUCCGCCGUCCUCCUCUUCAGAAUUAUCGCCGCCACCUUCUUCGAUGCUCUCCAUGUUGGCUACUCCCGAGGCCCCAGAGAAUAUGGAGAUUCCAGAGGCAGAUGCUCAUGAGACACAAAGUCCUGGGCCUCAAGACGUAGACCUUCCUGUGCCUCCAGAGGUGGCGGCCCAGGCCCAAGAGAGCGAGAACAGGAACCCUACGAAGGAAGGCAAAGAGCUUACAACGCCGGACAUUAUUCUAAUCACACAUUUUUCCACCCUCAUGACGGCCCUUUUCACACGGCACGACAGGGGAUCGGCACACGAUUCUUUACAGUACCUCUCUUCGCACCUGAGGUACCUAUCCCGUAACCUACCUAGCAGUCCGCUUAUUAUGCUUCUCAACAGCACCAGCUCUUCAAAAAAUAAGCCAUCAGCAGAAUCAAACCCGGCGAACCUGGCCAACAUCACAGAAGACAUGCAGCCUCCACCGCCGCUGGACGAAAUGUCGUCGAAACAUAACAAACCCCUCGACCCCACGCUUCGCUCCGUCUUCAACCCCCCGCCCUUGAACAUCCCGGGAUACACCGGCCAAGCCCUCUCGCGGCGGAACAAACCCACAUUCGGCCUUGUGUUUUCCCAAAUCCUUGACUUACAUCUUCUCUGCACGAGGGUCCCACGCACGAAAGCUGAUGCUGACAGGUUAUACGCUCCGUCUGACGUAGAAGACGACGAGACGGUGAAGUACACAUUGGUCUUGGAGGUUCUUCUGGAUGAAAUGGGUGUCUGGGAGAUAGACUCCACUCAGGAAGAAAGAAAAUUGAGAGAGCAGAGGUGGGCACCUGUUGAUGUGCGGGCGGGAAGGAUCGUGGAUGCGUUCGACGGGGCUGCGGAGAAGAAGAAGAACGAGGGGAACGUGAGGGUCGUCGGCGGCUUUGGCGGCCCUAGGGUGUAG